ACACGCGACCCCCUCACCAAAAGAAUGCAUCGGGGAUAAUCGACGCGCCUUUGGCAACGUUGGAAUGAAUGUUUCAACUGGCAAAUUCAACUCGCGUUUCUUUUCUUUCAUCUCAAUUAGUUGGAGAGGUUUCAGAACUGUGUGUUUCCGGGUGAAAUCUCGGCCCCGAAGUUUCAUGCCGAAGAUAUGAAGAUAGGGGAAGCAAAGCCGGCUGAGUACUAGGCGACUGCAAGAACAGUGUAGGCUACGCAGGGAGGGGGAGAGACCGAACGGGAGGGAUAGAAUACAAAAGCGAACAGCACCCGAACUGUGCGUGGUUCACCUUCUGAAAAACAGGAAGCCAACGCCGAUCAGCCCACCUGGCCGCAUUGUCCUGCGGGGAGAAGACAUAGGUUUCUCACGGCUCAUCUUGUCACGCAUAAAUAUCGUUAUUGUGGAUUCGGUCGAGAAAGAAAAACUACUUUUAAUUAUACCUAUUUCCUCACUAGGACGGUCGAUAUUCUCCUAUUCCCAACAGGAGUGUAACUCAAGAUGCAGUGUCCCUCCACCUCCCCAGACACCAUUAGCAUGGAGGAGAGCCACAGGGAAUAAGAGCCUCCAGGAGACCGCAGGUCCUUAUGGUUGAGCUGGGUGUUGGUCCCUGCGAUGCCUCCCGCCAUGACAGACGACCUGGACUUGUGGGCGGCCCACUCCCAGCUGUGUGGAGAGGACCUGGUCACUGUGGACUUCCUGUUACCCACCGGCAUCUACAUCCAGAUGGACGUCCCCAGAGAGGCCACCAUACAACACAUCAAACUGCUCCUAUGGAAGCAGGCCCAGUCAUACCCCCUGUUUCCGUCUCUGGGGGAGAUGGAGGGCCACAUGUUUGAGUGUGUGAACCAGGCAGCUGUGCACGAGGAGCUGGAGGAUGAGACCAGGCGCCUCUGUGAUGUUAGGCCCUUCUGUCCCAUGCUCAAACUGGUCACACGCAACUGUGGCCGCGCGGAACGCUUGCUCGACUCCAAGAUCGGUGUGCUCAUCGGAAAAGGUCUCCACGAGCUGGACGCUCUGCAGGACCAGGAGGUGAAGGACUUCCGCAGUAAGAUGUUCCGUAUCAGCGAGGAGAAGAUGCAGCGGGUACAGCUGAUGACCUGGAGCGAGUGGCUGCAGGCCUGCUUCUCUCCGCAGCUGGAGCCAGGGGGAGGAGCCACACCCGUCACAGACGGUGUCAACGACAAACAGGCCGAGGCCAGCCUCAAAGUCACCAUGCACUUCGACCAGUCCCAGGACACAGCCAGUCUGAAGGUGUGGCCCAGCACCAGUCCCAGUGAGCUGAUGGAACAGGCAUUGAGGAAAUGGCUAACGACCCACGGCCCCGAGGAGGAGGGACGCCAGGCCGAGCAGUAUGUUCUGAGGGUCAGCGAUAAGCUGGAGUUCCUCUGUGGAGACCACCCCCUCAUACAGUACAAGUACAUCAAAGCUUGUCUCCAGGCUAAGGAGUGUCCCCACCUGACCCUGGUCCAGGUCAGCACUGUCCAGGCCAUGUUCGAGAAGGAGAUCUCGGCCAUCGGGGCUGUUGUCAACCGAAAGAGCUCAAACCCUCCCUUACCCCUGCCCCCCAAGAGGAGGGGACCCUCGCAAGUGAAUACGUGUGUAUGGGAGGUGUCCACCCCGUUUAAGAUUGUCCUAAUCAAAGGCAGCAAGGUGAACGCUGAGGAGACCGCCAAGGUCCAGGUGCGUGCAGGCUUGUUCCACGGCACAGAGUUGUUAUGCAAGCCGGCGGUGAGCAGCGAGAGCAGUGGACGCUCGGAACACGUGUGGAACCUCACGCUAGAGUUCGACAUCACUGUGAGCGACCUGCCGCGCAUGGCCCGCCUCUGCUUCGCCGUCUACGCCGUCAUGGACAAGGUCAAGAAGCAGAAGUCUACCAAGAACGCCCACAUCAACAAGUACCAGACCAUCCGCAAAGCCGGCAAAGUGCACUACCCUGUAGCCUGGGUGAACACCAUGGUGUUUGACUAUAAAGGACAGCUGAAGACUGGAGAUAUCAUCCUUCACAGCUGGUCUUCCUUUCCUGAUGAACUUGAAGAGAUGCUGAACCCCAUAGGAACCAUCCAGACCAACCCGUACACUGAGAAUUGUACAGCACUCCACAUCCACCUCCCUGACUACAACCCUCACCCCAUCCUAUUCCCCCCCUUCGACAAGAUUCUGGAGAAAGCUGCAGAAAUCGCUGGGUCAAGCGAUUGCUCGACCAUGGGCCGAGGCGGUAAGAAGUUCCACAUUGAGCUGAAGGAGAUCAUGGAGAGGGACCCUCUGUCCCAGCUAUGUGAGAAUGAGAAGGACCUCAUCUGGACACUACGCUACGACUGCAUGGAGAACUUCCCCCAGUCACUGCCCAAACUGCUGCUCUCCGUCAAGUGGAGCAAACAUGAGGACAUGGCCCAGCUCCAGGCCUUGCUGCAGAUCUGGCCCAAGCUGAGUCCCAGGGACGCUCUGGAGCUGCUCGACUUUAACUAUCCAGACCAGUAUGUCAGAGAGUACGCUGUGGGCUGCCUGAAGGAUAUGAGUGAUGAGGAGUUGUCUCAGUACCUGCUCCAGCUGGUCCAGGUGUUACGUUAUGAACCCUACUAUGACUGUGCACUCACCCGAUUCCUGUUGAACAGAGCUCAGUGCAACCGCAACAUAGGACACUUCCUCUUCUGGCAUCUCAGGUCAGAGAUGCACAUGCCAGCCGUCUCUGUCCAGUUCUCUCUCAUCCUCGAGGCCUACUGUCGUGGCAGCAUCCCUCACAUUGAGGUCCUGAAGAAACAGGUGGAGGCUCUGAGCAAGCUGAAGUCUGUGAACGAGCUGAUCAAGCUGGGCACCAUCAAGAACGCACGCAGUAAGACCAAGGAGGCCAUGCUCACCAAAGAGGCCAUGAAGACUUGUCUGAGACAGAGUGGCUACACAGAGACCCUCUCUGACCUGCACUCCCCUCUCAACCCCAGUGUCCUGCUCUCUGGAAUCAAUGUGGAGAAGUGUCGGUACAUGGACUCGAAGAUGAAGCCUCUGUGGAUCGUCUACAACAACAAGCUUCUGGGGGGAGACACCCUGGGAAUCAUCUUCAAGAACGGAGACGACCUGAGACAAGACAUGUUGACACUGCAGAUCUUGAGGUUGAUGGACCUGCUAUGGAAGGAGGCCAAUCUGGACCUCAGAAUUGUACCUUACGGUUGCCUAGCAACUGGGGACCGGUCAGGGCUGAUCGAGGUGGUGUCGUCGGCGGAUACCAUCGCCAACAUCCAGCUGACCAGCAGCAACGUGGCGGCCGCCGCAGCCUUCAACAAGGAUGCGCUACUUAACUGGCUCAAAGAGAAGAACUCUGGAGAUGCUCUGGAGAAGGCGAUCGAGGAGUUCACCCUGUCAUGUGCAGGCUACUGCGUGGCCACCUACGUCCUGGGGAUAGGUGACCGCCACAGUGACAAUAUCAUGGUUCGCAGCACUGGACAGCUCUUCCACAUAGACUUUGGGCAUAUCCUGGGGAACUUCAAGUCCAAGUUUGGCAUCAAGAGGGAACGCGUCCCCUUCAUCCUGACCCAUGACUUCAUCCACGUCAUCCAACAGGGAAAGACGGGCAACACUGAGAAGUUUGGCAGUUUCCGCAAUUACUGUGAACAAGCCUACCUGAUUCUGAGGCGGAAUGGGAACCUCUUCAUCACCCUGUUUGCCCUCAUGCUGACUGCUGGACUGCCCGAGCUCACCUCCGUCAAGGAUAUACAGUACCUAAAGGACUCUCUGGCCCUGGGGAAGACCGACGACGAGGCACUGAAACAGUUCCGCCAAAAGUUUGACGAGGCGCUGAGAGAGAGCUGGACCACCAAAGUCAACUGGAUGGCCCACAACGUGGUCAAAGACAACCGCUCCUAGAACAAGACAGUCGCACAUCCUGGAGCUAGAGGGUGAAAUGUUAAAGGUCAGGAGGGUCUGAGUUCUAUCCAGUGCUGGGACAACAGUGACAGUGGGGGGGUAGUUGUUGCUAAGGGGUGAAGACCAGACAGGACUGGGCCACAAAGAAGGGAAUCUAGAAGGCUAUCUUAAACACACAUGCUCUUACAGGCUUAAAUCCCCCUCCCUUUGCAUUUCCUCUGGCUUUUGAAGCUGCUGUGUGCCUCCAGGCAGUCCAGCAGUCCCAUUGCCUCUCCCUGAUCAUGUGACAUAUUUGUGGGUAAUGUGGUUGCGAGUAUUGCACUGCUCAGUGAGAGUCAGAGCCCCCCCUCUGAGUUGUGAAUGGACUGCCCCCUUGGAGACUGGACUAGACUGAACCAAUGAGGAAGGAAGGGGACGGGGGUGGUUUCACCCACCUAUUAGCAAGACUUCUGAUCUGCCUUGUGUUGAACUAAAGGGAGAGGUCAGGGUUGACCACACCCACUCAAGGCCUCACACCGUGUCUUAAAACGACGCCAAAACGUGCACAUAGCCAGAGGAAGUGCGUCUUAUUGGACUUUUCCUCGCAAGGCCUCCAGUUCAUCUCGAAAGUGUGCCUAAAAACUGCGAGAGGAUUGUAUUUGUUUAGUUUUUUUAAAUGUUUUUUUUAUUUCCAUUUUAAGAUGUUAUUAAGAUGCUAUAGGACAUGUAUAUGUGCCAGACUACUUUUUAUUUAUAUAUAUAUAUAUAUAUAUAUAUAUGUGUGUGUGUGUGUGUGUGUGUGUGUGUGCGCUGCAUGGCCAAAUUUUUCUGGAUGUCUCUUGCCGAUAGCUAAACAACAACUUUCCACACUCCGCUUAUGCUGUCCCCUCCUAGUAGCUAGCUAUUUCCCUCACUAAUGUUGUCCCCUCCUAGUAGCUAGCUAUUUCGCUCACUAAUGCUGUCCCCUCCUAGUAGCUAGCUAUUUCCCUCACUAAUGCUUUUCCCUCACUAAUGCUGUCCCCUCCUAGUAGCUAGCUAUUUCCCUCACUAAUGCUGUCCCCUCCUAGUAGCUAGCUAUUUCCCUCACUAAUGCUGUCCCCUCCUAGUAGCUAGCUAUUUCCCUCACUAAUGUUGUCCCCUCCUAGUAGCUAGCUAUUUCGCUCACUAAUGCUGUCCCCUCCUAGUAGCUAGCUAUUUCCCUCACUAAUGCUGUCCCCUCCUAGUAGCUAGCUAUUUCGCUCACUAAUGCUGUCCCCUCCUAGUAGCUAGCUAUUUCGCUCACUAAUGCUGUCCCCUCCUAGUAGCUAGCUAUUUCCCUCACUAAUGCUGUCCCCUCCUAGUAGCUAGCUAUUUCCCUCACUAAUGCUGUCCCCUCCUAGUAGCUAGCUAUUUCCCUCACUAAUGCUGUCC